AUAGUAAUAUAGGUACACUUUAAAGUUGAGGAGAAAAGUUAAGAAACGCAGGAAAGGGAGGAAUUGGAAUGGAAGGGAGUUCAUGACAAUUUCAUGUCUCAUAGUGUUGGCUAACUCUCUUGCUUUCUCUUUUCCUUUUAAUAGAUAUAUUCUUCUUUUUAUUUUCCGGGUCUUUAUUAUUUUUCACUUUCUUUUUCUUUCUGCCCAUUAAACAAUGAAAAUGGCAUAUUACCAAUCAUCCUUUCCCCUCUAUAGGAAACACCCAUCAUUGCUCCCAACAAUCCUUUUCAACCUUAGAAACCUGAGCUUCUAAGAUAUUCCCUCUCUUCCAAUUCUUCCUUCUUCUUCUUCUUCUUCUCCUCCUUUCUCCUCCUUAUUAUGCUACCUCUCACAAUUUAUAUAUCUCCCUCUUUAUAACCUUCUCUUCCUUUUUUUAAAACCAUCCACUUUUUGUUUCUUUUCCCUCUUAGACCUUAGCUCCACCACACAACAAAAAAAAAAACACAUGGAUCCUUCUUCUACAAACUCUGUGAAUGGCUUCUACUCAUUUCUCACCCGUGGGAUUGAUGAUCUUGAACGCUUUUACUUGUCCAAUAACUUCAUGUCAAUUCAAUUCCUUCAAAGGGUACUCUCACUGCUUCGAUCCUUUCACUCCCAAUUGACUCUCCUUGUCCAAAAGCUCCAUUUGCCAGUGGGUGAGAAGUGGCUUGAUGAGUACAUGGAUGAAAGUUCAAAGCUUUGGGAAGUUUGUCAUGUGCUAAAGUCUGGGAUAUCAGGCAUGGAAAACUAUUACUCUGCUGGGUUCAAUAUAACUUCUUCACUUGACGCGCAUCGCCAUCUCACUCCACAGCUUUCUCGCCAGGUGGUUAGAGCAAUAUCUGGGUGUCGAAGAGAAGCACUAGGAUUGGAGGAAGAGAAUAGAGGCUUAAUGGAAACAAGAAUCCAACCGCUUUCUUUGCGUUUUGAUGAGAAGGUCUCCAUAGAGUCAAAGCUAAAUGGGUUCAAUGGCUUCAGGGGUGUCCUUUAUGCAAUGAGGAAUGUUAGCUCUUUGUUGCUGAUGAUAUUGCUAUAUGGAUUGGUGUACUGUUGGCCAGAGUCAAGUUUUUUAAGGGGUGGAUAUGAAGGUUGCUUGUUUUUUGGAUCCGGGUUUAUGAUAUCAACAGCAAGGUUACAACAAAGGGUGGCUGCAGAGAUCAACCAGAUGAAUGGGAGGCCAGGGAUUUUGCUGUAUGAGUUUAGGAGAUCAAAGUUGGCUAUGGAGGAGCUGAGAGGAGAAUUGGAGAGAACAGGGUCACAAGGAGGAGUGGUGGAGUGGGAAAGUGAGGUUGGGAUUAGAGAAAGAGUGGACAACUUGAGAGGGUGUUUUGGGGUGUUGAGAUCUGGUGCUGACAAUAUUGUUGGCCAGCUUGAUGAUUUCUUUGAUGAAAUUGUUGAAGGGAGGAAGAAGCUUUUGGACUUUUGCAGUCAUAGGUAGAGAAAGAGACGAGAGUGAAAGAGAGAUAGCGAUAGAAAUGGUCGGAUGAAAAAAAAGAAAAAAGAAAAAAAAAUGAAUAUUACAAGUAGAGGAAUCAGUUGUUGGGGUUGUUGUACCUUUAAGCCUUCUGUCACUCUUUGUUUCUUAUUAUUGUUAUUAUUUUUUUUUUUUUUUUCCUCUUGUGGGUUUACUUUUCUUUACUUCUUAUGGUCGCUAUAGUUGAAGCGUCGGAGGAUAGCUUUUGUUUCAGCAACCCCAAGAGGAAGGUUCUUGAAUUGAAUGUAAGUCUAGGUUUCAAAAAGACUUUAAAUGAGAGUUCAAGAUGGAAAUUAAA